AUGUCCAAAAUAGUGUUUAGGGUGCCGCUUCUCGCGGACGAACAAGCAAGCUUCGGGGCGCAAUUCCGGGAGCUGGACAGUGACGAGCUGGGGAUCGUCACGGGGGAAACACUGAAGGAGCUUUUCGGCAAGUCUGGGCUGAGCAGCCAGCAGCUGUCGCGGGUAUGGGCGCUGGUGGACACGGAGAAACAAGGGUUUUUGAACCUGACGCAGUUCAGCGCGGCGAUGCGGGCGAUCGGACACCUGCAGGCGACGCCGCACGCGGCGAUUACCCCAGAGCUGUACCAGACGCCGGCGACGCGGCUGGCGACGUUCACAGGUGUGGUGACCGGGGGCAUUCCAGCGAUCUCCGCGCACGAUGCGGGCAAGUACGGGCAGCUGUUCGAGCGCUCGGCGGAGGGCCGCGUGAUCUCCGGCGCGCGUGCGAAGGACGUAUUUCUAAAGGCGAAGCUGCCGCAUGUCGUACUGGGGUCCAUAUGGACGCUGUGCGAUCGCAAUAACUCUGGGAGUCUGGAUCGGGCCGAGUUUAUUAUGGCGAUGCACCUGAUCCAGCUUUCGCUGAGCAAGCAUCCGAGUGUCGCAACGUUUCCACAGGCACUGCCGGCCUAUUUGUGGAACUCCAUCGCAGCGGCGGUGCCGCUCAGCAGCGAGUCGACGGGGGUGUCCGCGUCGUCCGUAUCUCGGCCCGUAUCCCUGGCGCGGAUCCCCUCGAGCUCCUUCUCGAAUGCGUCGAGCGACUGGGUCAUGACGCCCGAAAAGAAGCAGCAGUUUGAUAGUCUAUUUGACUCGCUCGACAAGAAUCGAGCUGGUGCCCUGGGUGCUGAUAUCCUUGUGCCCUUUUUUUUGACCUCUAAACUGAGUCAGGAUACCCUUGCAACCGUAUGGGAUCUGGCAGAUAUCCAUAAUAGUCCUGUGUUCACGAAAACGGAGUUUGCCAUUGCCAUGUUUUUGAUACAGAAGAAAAACGCUGGUGUUGAACUACCGGAUGUCGUACCGGAGCAACUUUUGGCGUCCCCCACACUCGGUCUCUAUCAAACAGCUGGGCAGCCUCGUUCGCCCCAGUCGACCUCGCAUGGAGGCCCACCUGCUGCUCCACCGCAGACUUACUUACAGCCUGUCCCAUCAAGAGAUACCAAGCCACACUUUGAGCAGCUGCAGCAACAGCAGACAACAAGUUCAUCUCUCACAGAACUUCUGGGCUUAAACCCGUCUUUCAAUGCACCGGCCUCUCAUACUGUUCAGUCGACCUCUGUGUCAUCGGUAAACGCCUCGCCAAGGCAACCAACCUCCAAUCGGUCGCAGCCGGUGAAUGUCGCAAACCGCGGUAUAAAUUCGGCAGAGAACACAAGCCGCAGCAUUCCUGCCCUUUCUCCGCAAGGUACUCCUCAGAAUCAGGCGAUGAGGCAUUCCAGUUACAUUUCUACUUUGCCAACUGUUCCGGACUUUGCCUCCUUGCAGGUCUCUGAACAACUUGCGCCAGUAAAGGACAUAUAUAUGGAUUCUGAGACAUCAGGUCAAUUGUCACAAGCUACAACUGAUGUAGCAAAUCUCUCAAACCAAGUAAGUUCACUGACUACCCAAGUGACGAAGACGACUGAACGGAAAGAACACGCUCAGCAGGAACUCUCGCGCAUAAAUGAAUUGAAGGCGUCCCUUGAAGCGAAACUAACUACUCUUCACUCUUCCUACCAGCAAGAAACACAACAAAUGGAGGAGGUUGAGCAACUGCUGACAAAAGCCCGCGCGGAAACGGAAGUCUUGACGCAACAAUUACAAAACACCGAGUCCACCUGUCACUCUACUCAAUCAGAACUAACGAACUUGCAAUUAGAGUUGCAAGAGUGCGAGAAAACUAACACUCAAUUGAAGGAAAAAAUCAGUAAUUAUAAUAAUUUGAUCCUUUCUUUACAGCAGGAUUUGGCAGGGAAACAGCAGCAGGUGAAACAACAACGGGCUCUUGUCGAUGUGAAUACCCAGCAAGCUGAUCUUAACGCUACUACUGUGGCGGGCUUGGAAGAAGAGAUCAAGGGCUUAGAUGAUAGGCUAGCAAAAUUGAUUGAGAAGAGGAAGGAACUGGACGACUACCAGACGAAUAUCGAACGCCAACACAAGGACCUGGAAGAGAAACAUCUGCAAUUUGUUUCUCGGUCACAAGAGUUGGAAAACAAAUACUUGGAGUUCAGUCAGCGGGAAAAGGAUUUACAGGAAAGGACCAAGCAGAUUGUCGAACAAGAACAUGUUUACAAUGAGCAAGUUUCAAGGCUGCAACAGCUUUUCAAGGAUCUCAAUAUCCAGCGUGCAGCAUUCGAAAAGGCAGAGCAGGACUUACAGGAAUGUCGUGUGGAAUAUACCCAGCAAGUGCAAAAAUUGUCAGAUAAACAAUUAAAGCUAGCCAUGAGGGAGCUUCCAGAAGACAGAUCCAAUAACGCGAGUCACUCAGAGAACGAAGAUGCAGUGGCGAAGUACGUUGAAGAAACGGUUACCAAUUCCAAGUUAAAUGUCGGAGGACAUGCUACGACGUUAGAUACAGCAAGAGUAGCGACAGUCCUUCCCCAAGAUGAAGAGGGAAAACAAGAUAGUGUGUUUGAUAAGGAUUUCCCCACUUCACCAUCGCAAACCGAGUUGGAAGAGGAGGAACACCCCGCGACUGCCGAAACUGCAGCUCAAGCUUUGGACGAAAGCGACAUGAAUAUAUACCGUAUACCCAGAACCGAGUCGGUUACAUCUUCCACAGCAAACAAUGCCCCGCAGUCUUUGAGAGACGAAGCUGUGAGUGAUACACAGGGACCUGUUGCAGAUGAAGAGAAUGAAAGCGCAACCAUUACAAAGCGUGCGACUGCGAACAGCGAUGAUGAGGAAAACUCCACGCAGGCUGCCUCUAGGUCCCUCCCAGGAGAGUGGGGAGAUCUCAAUUACCCAGAUCAUGCUACUGAGAAGAGCAAUAAUAAGUUGAAAGAGAAUUUAUCAGUCGAAAAUUCUCCCACCCCAGCAAGUUUCGAUAAGAUGACACUGAGCGUGGAUUCUACCGACGACAGCGGCAUGGAAGCCGAGAAGUACCAUAGUACUAGCGACAUACCAGCUACUGUGCUCCCACAGCGAGUGAUGUCGCCCUUGGUCCCUGCCAGGAAUGUGGUCGUGAAGGCAGUUGACUCAAUCUCUGGCCACACGUUCUCCUUCGACGACGAGUUCGCAGAUCUGGAACAGGCCUCGCCGGAGGAUGAAGCUACCGGCUCCAAGCGAGUGAGUUCCAUUGAGGGUUUCGAAACCAUCGACCAUGCGGACCUUGAAGACGAGUUGCAUGAAACUGGGUUCACGGGCGCCGGUACCGCAGAGAUGUUGACCCCUUCCAAUUAUAGUACGCAAACGGGCCACCCAACCUCUGCUCAGGUCGCCUCGUCACCAGUGGGUAACGACGAAUGGGACGAAAUCUUCUCCGGUUUCGGAAACAACAGUCCGGGGCUCAAACAGCCCACGGCACAGACCACAAUGGGUGGCUCUUCUCAAGCGAACACUCCGCAGCUGAAAUCGCCGCUGAACCGCAAGAUCGCAACUACACCCAAGUCUCUCGCGGUUGAAGAACUAGGUAGCAUGGGGUUCACCGAACAGGAGGCUCGAAAGGCGCUGGAGAAGUGUAAGUGGAAUCUGGAAGCCGCUACUAACAUGCUUCUGGACGGUAGCUGA